AUGAAAUUUAUUCAUUCUUUAUCGUUGUUAAUAGCACUCAUUGGUGCGUACGGCGUACUUGAUGAAAACGUUACCGAGAAGAGCAGCAGCAGCGGCGGCAGCCGAUCAUCAUUGGCUGACAGUAAAGCAAAGAAUAAAGUGGCAGUAGCCGCAAACUCUGAGCCGUCGUCUGUAGAUGAAUAUCAGGACACCGAAGAGACGGCAGAGGAUGGACACAGCGAAAUGAUCUUCGUUACUGACAAAAUCAUCGAAAAGUUGAGCCAACCAUGGAAUCAUUUUGCUUGCGCCGAAUCCGUCAGAGGUUACUGCAAGCUAUCGGAGUCAAUUCAAAUUUGCUUCUAUGAGCCGAAUAUGCUGGUCGUGAUGGGAUUUCCACUCAAAUUUUCUGAAGACGAGCUUCCGAUGAUGAAACGACUGCAGAAAUGGGUCACUAAAUGUGAUGCGUCGUUGAAAGAGAACGCUAAUCGACUUGCCGAUAUUCGUAGAAAGAUCCGAAGCCCUGUUGUGAAUGCUACUGGGUAG